AACUCAAGCUAAAUCAAGCUAAUGAUACAUACCCAAUUCUCGAAUUCUCGUUCUUAAUUUUGUUCUUACGAUCCGCUUUGUGAAUCGGAUCAUUCGGUGGAUUUAUUGUCCAUCAAAUUGGUGCUCUCGUUGAGAGUUCGAGAAUCAUACUCAGAGGAAAUCCUCCAUAGAAACGAUGGUGCAAACGCGCAGUAACGCUAAUGUAGGUACCGGAGUUCCCCAACAGGGGGAGAACAGCACCACUGGAGGUCGGAACCCUCCCAUCACCACCGGGGAGGCUGAGGCCCUCAUUCAGAGGGUUGGAAUCACGGCCGAACAAUUCAAAGAGGUGAUGGCUGCACUUGCGCCCAACCGCGAGGUUGUGGUAGAAGAUGUGGCCGGGGGACCCACAAGCGGGAAGGCUGGACCUACAGGCUCCCAAGGAAAAAAGAAAAAAGUAAGGCGGUCCCAGAAGAAGAAGGCGACCAAGCCUAAUGGGAAGGCGGUGAUGGCUGAUGCGCUUUCCAGACUGGAAGAAGAAGACGACUCGUCCUCCUUCGAGCGGAUGUCUGCUUUUGACCGUUUGGGAAACCCCAAGUCAAAGAAGCCUCGAACCUCUGCGUUCGAACGGCUGCAGGACACUCGGUCGGCCCGAAAAGGCGACCUGAGAGACACGCUCAAGGAAAAGAGAGGGGAGUCCACAGCGACCUCCAAGGUCGGUUCUGAGGAGCGACGGACGACCGUCGGGGAUAAGGGCGCAGCUGAGCUGUGGAAAAUGUACGAGCAACUGGAGAAGCGGCUGGACGCCCAAAACCCCUAUCGCCAGGCGGUCUUCAGUGAGGUAACGCCCUUCUCUAGAAGGAUAAUGUCCUGCCCUCUCCCGGAUAAUUUCAAGACUCCCCAGAUCAAGGCGUACAACGGGACGACCGAUCCCCAAGACCACCUCGCCCGCUUCGGGGCCAACGUGGUCAUGUAUGCGUACCCAGAAGAAAUCAAGUGUCGAUGUUUCCUGGCGAAACUGGAAGGGCAGGCUUGUGAAUGGUUCCACAAGUUACCCAAGGGGUCGAUAGAUAAAUGGAGCGACCUGGCCCACAAGUUCUUGGAGCACUUCGCAUCUAGCCGGAGACAGAAGCUCCCCUUCUCGCAUCUGCUCAAUGUGAAGAUUCGGAAGGGGGAACAGCUCCGGGAAUUCAUUAAUAGGUGGGAGAAGGAGGCCAGGGACGUCCAAGGGGCGGACAACCAGGCCCUGAUCGCCAUGCUCCAAGCUGCACUCCCCCAAGGGGAUGUGCGCAAAGAGUUGCGGCGGAAUCCUCUCUCAACCUAUCAAGAGAUGUUGGCCCGGGCGAAGUACUUGGCAUUGGAAGAAGAAGAUGAUGAGCCACCAGUCCGGAAGGAGAAGAAAAGCGGGCCACCGGUGGCAGAUGGGAAGAAGAGAAAGGACUAUGGUAAGGGGCCAAACCCCACCGGGUAUCAUGUGAACAGGCAUCCUGUUCAUACGCACCCACAAUACGUCGGAGUGCGUCACGUUGAAAAAGGAGAUGGAUCAGCUGAUCGCUAGAGGGCCACCUCCUCGGACGGAACGACCCUCCUCAGGUAACCGGACCUGGAGGAGGCCGCCAGCCCCUACAGCAGCGAUCACAGCAGGAGAGGGGCGAGAAGAUGGACGGCGGCACCUAGGACGAGAUUGUGACGAUUUAGAUGAAGAUGAAAGGCAAGGUCGCCGACACCUGGGGUGUCAGU